AUGGCCAAGACAGACCUCGAGAAGCUCGCAGAGUGGAGAACCUUCGGAGCACGGCACUCGGAACAGACAGUAGAGCUCGCAACACGCGUGCUGGCCUCCGGGACCCUGGGCGAUCAAGGUGCGUAUGCCUAUGCGGUACUUGACAUCCCCAUCAAUGGCGUGCUGAACAUGUAUCCUGUAGAAUGGGCAGUCAGAGAACAGCUUGCCAUCGCAGCUCUAGAUUUGGGGCGGAUCAAUUCAGCCGUUACGCAAAUAGACAUCUUGCACAAGCAAUUUGGAGGCUCACCGCGAGUCAGAGUUCUGGACGGAUUGAGGUUCGAGGCGGACGGAGAUGCUACCAGGGCCAAAGCGGUCUAUGAAAGGCUUCUGAAAGAUGACGAAACUGAUGUGACAGCUCACCAACGCCUCAUCUCCCUUGCGGCCCCUUCAUCAGCGGCCAUUCCUCUCCUUCUGUCCUAUCUGGAUACCUUUUACGCUGACCCCAUGGCUUGGUCACUUUUGGCGGAGCUCUACUGUGAGCAAGGCCUGUAUCCGCAAGCGCUCAGUGCUCUGGGGCACAUGUCGAUAAUCAACAACUGGGAUGACGGUAUCUUGAGGAGGUCGGGCGAGGUCGCGUAUACGUUAGGGGACUACCAGCUUUCGUUGAAACACUUUUUGCGGGCCGCAGAGAUGCAGGGCGGGAAGGCCAGCAAUCUCAACACGAGUCGGACAAGAACGUGGUGGGGUAUCAAGCUGGCACGUCGCCCAUUCUUCAUCUGA